GAGAGAGUCACAGAUGUAUGGGGAGGCCACGGACACUGACAUUCCUUCAGGGCAAAAGGAGAAGAGAAUAGGAGCUUAAAAGUGUGCGGCUAAGACUCCAGGCUUCACGGAAUUAAGUUUAUUAUUAUUUUUUUCAAUCCCCUCCGCAGCAAGCCGCUGAAGGUGCUCCUUCCAUGCCGGCGUCCCCUGUUACGGUGGCGGCGUCUGAGAAUUAAUCUCGGGUACCCGGCAGGUUUCCGAAGACGGAGAGGAGGGGCGGGGGAAGUGCGUCACCAGCAGCCACGGAUACAGCCGAUCGCCUGGCAGCAGCGGCAGCGGUGUCGGGAGGAUUUCGCUGGGACCUGGAAUCGUAUCCUCCAGUAUUUUUUCAGACUCCUUGGAAAUUAAGGAAUGCAAUUCUGCCACCAUGAUGGAAGGAUUGAAAAAACGUACAAGGAAGGCCUUUGGGAUACGGAAGAAAGAAAAGGACACUGAUUCUACAGGUUCACCCGAUAGAGAUGGAAUUCAGCCCAGCCCACAUGAACCACCCUACAAUAACAAAGCAGAGUGUGCGCGUGAAGGAGGAAAAAAAGUUUCGAAGAAAAGCAAUGGGGCACCAAAUGGAUUUUAUGCAGAAAUUGAUUGGGAAAGAUACAACUCACCCGAGCUGGAUGAAGAAGGCUACAGCAUCAGACCCGAGGAACCCGGCUCUACCAAAGGAAAGCACUUUUAUUCUUCAAGUGAAUCAGAAGAGGAAGAAGAAUCACACAAGAAAUUUAAUAUCAAGAUUAAGCCACUGCAGUCUAAAGACAUUCUUAAGAACGCUGCAACUGUAGAUGAACUGAAGGCAUCGAUAGGCAACAUUGCACUUUCCCCAUCACCAGUGAGGAAAAGUCCGAGGCGCAGCCCGGGUGCAAUUAAAAGGAACUUAUCCAGUGAAGAAGUGGCCAGACCCAGGCGUUCCACACCGACACCAGAACUCAUGAGCAAAAAACCUCCAGAUGACACUAUGGCCUUAGCUCCCCUCUUUGGCCCACCAUUAGAAUCAGCUUUUGAUGAACAGAAGACAGAAGUUCCUUUAGAUCAGCCUGAGAUAUGGGGUUCAGGCCAACCAGUUAAUCCAAGCAUGGAGUCGCCAAAGUUAACAAGGCCUUUUCCCACUGGAACACCUCCUCCACUGCCUCCAAAAAAUGUACCAGCCACCCCACCCCGAACAGGCUCCCCCCUCACAGUUGGACCAGGAAAUGACCAGUCAGCCACAGAGGUCAGAAUUGAAAAACUACCGUCAAUCAAUGACCUGGACAGCGUUUUUGGCCCAGUGCUGUCCCCCAAGUCUGUUGCUGUUAAUGCUGAAGAAAAGUGGGUCCAUUUUUCUGAUACGUCCCCGGAACGUGUUACUCCAGAGUUGACUCCAAGGGAAAAGGUGGCAUCCCCACCAGCUGCAUCAGACAACCCAGAUGACUCCCCAGUCCUGGGCUCCCCAAGUCCUCCAGGCCCCCCAGGCCCCCCAGGCCCUCCAGGGCCCCCUGGUCCUCCUCGAAAUGUACCAUCGCCGCUCAAUUUAGAAGAAGUCCAGAAGAAAGUCGCUGAGCAGAGCUUCAUUAAAGAUGAUUACUUAGAAACAAUCUCAUCUCCUAAAGAUUUUGGGUUGGGACAGAGAGCAACUCCGCCUCCCCCACCACCACCCACCUACAGAACUGUGGUUUCGUCCCCCGGACCUGGCUCGGGCAGUGGUACGGGGACCACCAGUGGUGCAUCGUCCCCUGCUCGGCCAGCUACUCCCUUGGUCCCUUGCAGCAGCACCACCCCACCACCACCUCCUCCCCGGCCUCCAUCUCGGCCAAAGCUACCUCCAGGAAAACCUGGAGUCGGAGAUGUGCCCAGACCUUUUAGUCCUCCCAUCCAUUCCUCCAGCCCUCCUCCAAUAGCACCCCUAGCACGGGCUGAAAGCACUUCUUCAAUAUCGUCCACCAAUUCCCUGAGUGCAGCCACCACUCCCACAGUUGAGAAUGAACAGCCUUCCCUCGUUUGGUUUGACAGAGGAAAGUUUUAUUUGACUUUUGAAGGUUCCUCCAGGGGACCCAGCCCUCUAACCAUGGGGGCCCAGGACACCCUCCCUGUUGCAGCAGCAUUUACAGAAACGGUCAACGCCUACUUCAAAGGAGCAGAUCCCAGCAAAUGUAUUGUGAAGAUUACUGGAGAAAUGGUGUUGUCCUUCCCUGCCGGCAUCACCAGACAUUUUGCCAACAACCCAUCGCCAGCUGCCCUGACUUUCCGGGUGAUAAAUUUCAGCAGGUUAGAACACGUCCUGCCAAAUCCCCAACUUCUCUGCUGCGAUAAUACCCAAAGUGAUGCCAAUAGCAAGGAAUUCUGGGUAAACAUGCCAAAUUUGAUGACUCACCUAAAGAAAGUGUCUGAACAAAAACCCCAGGCUACAUAUUAUAAUGUGGACAUGCUUAAAUAUCAGGUGUCCGCCCAGGGCAUUCAGUCCACACCUCUGAACCUGGCAGUGAACUGGCGGUGUGAGCCCACCAGCACCGACCUGCGCAUAGAUUACAAAUACAAUACGGAUGCAAUGACAACCGCGGUGGCCCUCAACAAUGUGCAGUUCCUGGUCCCCAUCGACGGAGGAGUAACCAAGCUCCAGGCCGUGCUCCCCCCGGCAGUCUGGAAUGCUGAACAACAAAGAAUAUUGUGGAAAAUUCCCGAUAUUUCUCAGAAGUCAGAAAAUGGAGGUGUGGGUUCUUUAUUGGCAAGAUUUCAGUUAUCUGAAGGCCCAAGCAAACCUUCCCCAUUGGUUGUGCAGUUUACAAGUGAAGGAAGCACCCUUUCUGGCUGUGACAUUGAACUUGUUGGAGCAGGCUAUCGAUUUUCACUCAUCAAAAAAAGGUUUGCUGCAGGAAAAUACUUGGCAGACAACUAAUAAAAUCUUGUGCAAGGAUUCAGAAGAUUCACAUAAUGGAGAACUGUUGUAUGAGAAACAGGUUUCAGUUUGGGUUUGAUGAAAACAAAUCAAAAUCUGCACUUGGGAUAAACCUGCUGGAAAUGCCCAUGACUUUUCAGCAAUGAUUUCCCUCACACAAUACCAUGAUGACCAGUCCUACAGUAUUUACUUCUAGGUGUAAUAUUGUUAUGGUUUUAAAAAUGUAAUUAUUGUAUUUGUAAAUUGUACUCAUUCCAGUAAAGCAGUUAGACACUUGAGUUUUAGCAUUUUACCACUCCUGAAAUGGAUGUAAUUUAAACUGUGGUAUGUAAAUUUAAUAGUAGUACUGUUGAAUGGCACAGCACUUACAGAGGUAGGUUGAAUUUUGUCAAUAUAUAAAAUUUAAAUAUAAUAUUGAUAGCUAUCACAAAGGGGGUGCCACAUACAAAGGAAAUUAAGUGGAACCAGAAAAAAAACUUUUUUUUCAGUUCUUAGUAUGUUUUAUUCUAGUGCUAAAUAAAAAAUUCUAUCUUCAAAUGUUUAGUGGGUUAAAUUCAGAAACUAUUUCAGAAAAACAUUCUAAGGUUACAGCAUAUUCAAAGAAAAGCAUUAAUUACCACUUUUUAAACAAGCUUUUUUUUCAAACUGCAAAUUUCAUAAAAAUGCAAACUGUGUAAACAGGGCCUCUUAUUUUUAUAACUUGUGUAUAAAGGGAAAGCAAUUCAUAUUUAAAGUUUAAGUAUAUGAAAUUAUAAUCAAGUAAAGAAGAUAUUGACGUCUUAACUACUUCCCCUCUCUCUACAGCUUAGCAAAUGUAGAGAUUGUUGAAUAAUCCAGUCAGACUAAAACAAAAAUUGUGAUUUUAAAACUUCAAGACUCUCCAUAGUUGAGCUGGUUCGCAACUUUUGCACAGUUACUCUCAACAGAGAGUUCCUCCCACCGGGCAUGGAGACCGGUGCCAUGCAUCUUCCUCUUCACCCACAGCAAUCAAAAUGUUGAGACCAAAAAUCUCAGAAAAAAAUGUUUGUCCCCUAUUUAAAUCCAGAAGGAGAAUUUUAAUCACAAUCAUUUAUAAUAUUUGGGAAGGAAAAAAAUAAGCUUUAUCAAAGAAAUUCUCUCCACAUAAUUGUGUAAUAAAGUCCUUUUAGAUAAAAUUCAUUGUAUGAAACUAUAAAUCUUUGCCAUUCUGGGGGGAAUCAAAAAGAGUUAUAAAAAUGUUAUUAUUUUAUUGUUGCAAGGUAUAAUACAAACUUCAAGUACUCAGUUGGGCCUCACGAUGAGGGAAUUCAGAAUAGAGAAGCACUUCUUCAGGGAUCCCAGUUAUAAAACCUUCCUUCGUUCUGAUCUGAAAACACAAGUCUUCCUUCAAGUCAUAGAGCUUAUUUUAAACAUAGGCAAAUUCGUGUUCUAGGUUAUACUGUUAAAUAACUGUAAUUAUAAGUUGUUUUAUUUAUCAUUAGUUGCUAAAUUUUACUUUACAUUUACUCAUAUUAGACAAAGAAUUUUGAGCCCCUUUAAGUUUUAGAAUCUUACUCUUAAAAUGAGAUUGUGACUGGCAGUAGUUCACAGUGGAACUUUCUAAAUUGGUGUUUGUACUUCUCUAUCAGUGCUGGUUACUCAGAGGAUGUUCACAGUGAGCUGCCUUGCAUUUGAAGGAUAUUCUCAAUUGGCUUCUCAAGUCUUGUGUUGAAGUUUUUUAAACAAAUAACUAAUAUACUCUUUUUAUGUAAAGAUAUGCUAUUUGAUUUUGAAACCGAAAGAGAGAAUGCAAAUUUUUAAAUAUAUGAAACAUAGGGAAAUUCCAAACACUAAAACCAAUGGAAAAUAAACUGCAGAAAACAGAGAACUAUCCAGCAUAUAAAUAUAAAAAUGUGUUUAAAGUAAUCAGUUUGUGAAAAAACAUAUUGAAAAUUAGCACAAAGCAUAUUAAAAUGUGUAAAUAUUACUGUUCUCAUGUCUUGCUCUUUAUAUUUAUUUUAUUUCAAUUGGUUCUGGAGUGAAUUGGUAGUUAAACACAAGGACUUUUUGUUAAUAAAAGAAUAAUUUUGUUGAUAUUGUAAAAAAUGUAAUUUAAAACAUAGAUUACAAUAAUCCCUAACAUUAUUCAAAUGUUUCCAGAAACUAAAAUUUGGAACAAUGAAGAUAUUCUAUGAUCUCUUAAUUAGUCUUUGUGAAACAGAAUGAAAGUCAGUGAUUUCAGAGUUACUAAACCUUGAAUAACCAGAAUCUCAAAAGAGAAUAUAUCUCUUUCAGUUCAGAAAAUAGGCUAAAUAAUAACAAACUCAUAUCAGGGAGGUUUGGGUGUUUUUCUUUUACUCUUAUAGUUUAUAUUCUCCUGUUACACCUGUACCCAUUGUACUAUGCACUAAGAAUUCAUGUUAGAAAAAAUGGUCCAAGACAGUACAAGAGUCUCUGUUAUAAAAGAAACAUUAAGUCGGGUUCAUUAUCAAUCCCUAAAGCAGAACAACAUGAGCUAGUACAUAUUAACAUUUUCAAUACUAUGGGUUAAAAUGAAAAGAAAGGGUUUUGUUAACCAGAACAUCAUGUUCUGAGCAAUAUGGUUACAAAGGUUCUGCUCUAUCAAGAUAGAAAGUAUGAAUGAUGCUGCUUUAUUUUGGCAAAAUGGAAAGUAUGUUUUUCUUUUCAAAUAAAUUCCAUAUUUUCAUGGUGUUUUUAAAAAUAAAUUCUCAUUAUGAAUUAGUCUGAAUUUUAUCAUAAUUGGAAUUUAUAAUUCCUAAAGAUUAAAUUUUUAAAUUAUUUUUAAAGCUCUAUUCUUCUCUAUACCUACAGCCAAAGUGGGAAUUCACUGCAUGGUAUUUGGGAAUCUAUUUUACCUAUAAAGGAAGAAAGUCCACAUUCCAAUGGUUUCAAGUGAAUAGAGAACAGACCAGAAUGCCGAAUGUUUCGUGUAUUUUUACUCCACCUUUACAGAUAAUUCGAGGCCAUAAUUAAAUAUAUUUUCAUUUCUUCUUUUCAAAGAAACCCGCACAAUUCUAGUAAUGUAACUGCAUUACACUGACGCUAACUUCUGCUGUGUGACCUUAGACAAAUCACUGCUCUUUCAGUUUCUCCUCUUUGCAAUGAGGGAUUUGGAUUGCCAGUGGUUUUCAAGCUUUUCUUAACAGCAGGACUUUUUGUACUAGAAUUGUGCAUGGAAUCCUGUUAGGCAAAACAGCUCAAAACAAUGCAGGAGUUUCUCCAGCGGUUUAAAUCUGGGUUCCCCACCCCGCGACGCCCAGCACUGAUUCGACAGCAUAACAACGCCUCAAUGAUCUAUACAGUUUCUUCCACAUCUGAAAUUCCAUGAUUCUACUUGACUCAGAUAGAUCACCUUGGGGGACUUUACAAGGACACUUGUACAAUCAUAGUUAUUAACUGACAUACAAUAAAAAUUGAUAUUUACUUGAGAGCUUACCAUGUACUAGUCACUAUAGCUAUUAGCUCAUUUAAUCCUUAUAUCAAUCUCCAAAUUGUAGGCACUCUUUUGAAUUCCUAUUUUUACAAAUGCUGACAUUGAGGACUAGACAGAUUCACUAAUUUGCCCAAAGAGACACAGCAACUGGAAGUAACCCAAUUAUCUUGACUGCAGAAGGAGCCCUGACCUGUUUUGCUUGCUCUUUCUGGAACAUAAACUCUUCUGUUUGAUUGUACUAUACAUAUUCUAUUUGAAUGCCAAAGUAAAGGUGCUGUGAAAAAUUAGUAUCAAAAUCAGGAUAAUUCCAGUAGCAAAGUUGUUAGGAAAAAUGUGUUUCUCAAAAUAUGAUAUGUGGACCACUUGUGUUAUUUAUUUUAAAAGGCAAUGAUUUUGGCUUAAUCACAACUAUAUCCCUGGAGCCUAAGAGACAGUAGGUGCCAAAAAAAUGUAUAUUAACUAAAGAAAUCUCUAGAAAUGGGGUUUAAAAAUAAGUAUUUUGAGCCCUAGCCAGUUGGCUCAGUGGAUAGAGCAUUGGCCUGCAGACUGAAGGGUACCGGGUUCCAUUCUG